AUGGCGCGAGUCUGCUCGCUGAAAUCAACCCUACUGUUAGGCGUAGUUUCUGCUGUUGUGACUUCGUAUUGUUGCUGUGAAGAAUUCCAGUCUCCUAAAUUUCACAGAAACAAUUUGUCAGAAUCUGGAAACAAGUUACUUUCUUUCCAAACGAACACCUUGAGAUCUGAAGGAGACAGGUUAAACAGUGCUGUGCUUUUCUUCAUCGUCCAGAUGGAUUUUACUUACACCCCAAGGUUUUUUUCUACUUCCCUAGAAUCUUGUUUGUUUGCCUCUAACAUAUCUUUUUCGUCACGUUCGAUUGAGCAUGAAAAAGAACGCUGUAUUCGAGGACGUUAUCUUAACCGAAAAACUUCGCUGGUCUGUCUUUAUUUUACAGCCGUACGAACGAAACUCACACCUUUGAGCUACGAUGGUUCAUUGGGCUGUUUACACGGUAUUCCGAUACCAAACAGGACAUUAGACACUUCAUUCACACCCCAACAAGAAAGAACUGUUCUCAUGGAGAUAUUCAACCAAACAGCUGGUCAUAAUUGGCACGACAACACAUACUGGGGAAAUUACUCAGUAUCUCACUGCACCUGGUAUGGAAUCACAUGUGAUCGUACCUUACGCUACGUCAUCAGCAUCUCUCUUACAAACAACAACUUAGAUGGGACUCUUCCACCAAGCCUGUGGAAGUUACGUAAUUUGCUGGGCUUGUGUAUUAAGGGCAACAAAGGGUUGUCAGGCCAUCUCAGUAACAUCUUGUCUGCCAAUAUGACUACCUUACUACGCGUGGAACUUGCCUUUAACAAUUUGUCUAAAGAAAUUCCUGGUAAAAUUUUGGCCGGUAUGAAGUUGCUGGUGAAACUGCAACUUUGCUGUCAAAAAGGAAGCGGUCUUGAUGGAGAAAUACCAGAGGAAAUCGGAAACUUGACGGAGCUACAAGUUCUUAGUCUUGGGGGAAACCUGGGGUUGCAUGGUUUAAUUCCGAAGAGCAUUGCAAAAUUGAAAAAACUCUACUUUUUUGAUCUUGAAACUGCUGAGUACUUCAGCGGUUUUGAAAACUUAUUCAACCUGUCAUCUUUACGUUACAUGCAUCUUUCUCUCGCUGGACUAAGUGGAACUUUACCCGACGAGUUUGGAUUGUACUUUCCCGAAAUGAUCGAGUGUCUUUUGCCAGGAAAUAAUUUCUCUGGAAACAUUCCUUCAACGUUGGGCAACAUGACAAACUUGCUACGUUUAAACCUGGCAAGAAACCGUUUUUCAGGAAAAAUCCCAAAAAGCGCUGGUUCAAUCCGCAAGCUUCAAGUUGUCGACUUAAGUGGGAAUCAGUUGUCAUCGUUCGAGGAAGAAAUUUCGUUUGAAUCAAUUAAAGUACUCCUUCUUGCUAACAAUAAACAGCUCACUUGGUCUUUGGAUGACCUCUUAGAAGCGAUGGAACCGGCCAAAGAAUCCUUGCACAUUCUUAACAUCCGCGACUGCAAUAUUUCUGGCACGAUCCCUGCCAAGCUUUGGGACUUCAUAAAGUUGGUAUCUAUAGAUCUGCGACAUAAUAUGUUGAGUGGAAAGCUUCCGUUGAUGGGGUCGUCCGAAGUGUUGUAUUUCCUACACGACAUCGAUGUGUCCAUGAACAACCUUUCCGGGCGAAUUCCUGAACAUUUUGUAGAUUUACCUUCUCUGGAAGUUCUAAAUGUCUCAAAGAAUCCUCACAUGCAUGGAUCUGACAAGGCACGUGUAACGUUGCCUGAUUACAUGACGGUUGAUUUUACGACUUUUAGCCACAGAAAUCCUUCUGAUAAGUUCAAGUGUCCCAAUGCUCGUCUCAUCUAUAACAACGGACUUGUGGUUUUAGAUCCUAGUUAUUAUCAUUACCGUCUGUGCAUUUGCGAUGUUGGAUACUAUGGCUCAGCUAACACUUGCUUACCUUGCAUGCCAGGUGCAGUGUGCAAGGAUCAAAUGCUUCCUGUUCAGAAUAUGGUCAUCAAAGCGGGAUACUGGCCGUCAUCACGUGAUCAGAACGUGACUCAUCUUGUUGACUGUUCACGGGCUUUGGGCACAAGUCCCUUAGUAAACACGUCUUGUAACCCAACGGGCGCUUGUGACUGCCGGAUUGGACGGGUCAUGGAGAAAGGAAAGAUGAAUGCCAGAACAUCCACCGUUUGUAAUAAGUCAUGUCUUUGCCGUACAGGUAGCAAAGAACGGUUUUGUUCACUCUGUGAAGAUGGCUAUUACAAACAAGGGAUCCUUUGCUAUGCCUGCCCCAAAACUGAAGCCAGCGUCUACAUCUUGGCUGCACUUACUGUCGUCACUAUGGUGCUGUUAAUUCUUGCGUUUUUCCUGUACGAAAGAAAGCGCUUUCUUGCUGUAGUACUUGUCUUCUCAGAAAUAAUUUUGUUAGCGGUGUUAGCCAUGCUCCACAUCAUUCCAGGCUGGCUGCUUGAACUCAACACAAUAGCUCUCUUUGUUGGUUUAGCUGAAAGAGGUAAAGCCGCGCGAGGAAUCCUUAAGAUCAGCGUGUUUUAUUUCCAAACUCUGGACGCUUUAAUUUCCAACUAUGAUAUCUGGCCAAAAGAAGUUCUUGAAACUCAACGCUAUAUCAGCAACGUGUUUAACUUGCAUUUCUCAGGUUUGGCGUGUGUGAUUCCUAGCUUGUUUACACCACUCGGCGAGCUUGUGUCCCUUAUUCUUUUCCCUGUCGUCUGUAUCUUGGGUAUUUGGUUGUACUAUGGUCUUGGACACCUCUUGUUUGCUGUUCUUAGACUUGACAAUUCGCAAGAAAGGCGAUUUCGAUUACGGAAUACCUGUCUACAACUGUCCAUCGUGUCUCUUAACCUCACCUAUUUUCCCAUUGUCAAGAAAACAGCUUCUGUCUUGGCUCGCUGCGGAGAAGACAACGAUUAUCAUUACCUAAGAGAGGCACCAUGGAUUGAGUGCAAAGGUCAUAUUUACACCACACUACAAGUGUUAGGCUGGCUUGCAAUGGUACUUUAUGUGACUGGGGUCCCGUUUGGAGUGUUCUUACCUCUCCUGCGAAAAAAUAAUGUUGUAAAAAGAGACGAGCUGCCUCCACAAGAACAAGAAACUUUGAAUAGUUGGCUAGGUUCUAUCUACCUACCAUACAAGAAAGAAUUCUGUUCCUAUUUCGAAAUAUUACUUCUGGUAAGGCGCAUGCUAAUUGCAUUCUCUCUUUCCCUUAUCACACGCACUUCGUCAUUUCAGACGAUUGCAGUUUGCUUUGUAUUGUUGCUUUCCCUGUGCUUCCAGCUUCUCUUCAGGCCGUUUAAUGAUUCUUACCGAAAGAUUCCUUUGGAAAACACAAUGGAAGCCUUGGUUCUUUUGACCUUGCAUUUCUCUUUUGUGAACAUCAGAUACGCAGUUCAGAAACCGGAAUCUUCUGCGCCUAUCGUUUGGAUGCUGGUGACAGUGAAUUUAUUUCUCCUUUGCGGAAUGGCUCUCUCGAUAAUUUUACUCCUUGGCAGGGGACAUGUCGUAAAGAUGCCUGUUGUGGCAAAUGAAAAGGUGGUAAAUGACGAAAUCGCACCAGUCUAUCAAAGAGAUUCCCCUUUGUCACUGCUGAUUAGGAAUGGACCCGAAGAACAAUAUGGGACGUUUAAUAUUUCACAAAUUUAAACUAUGUACAAUGGAGUAAUCAGAAAUGGUGACAUGCUUACGUAUUCUGAUGCAGAAAGGAGAAGCGAGGUCGAGUGUUUAUGUAAACCCGAUGCACCAGCGAGGUUUUAUUUACAUAAGUAUUUUCGUAUUCUUCAAAAUUUUCUCCAGCGUUUGCAUUCUUUAGGUUGCAAAGCAUGUUUGAUAUAAGCGGUAUGCAUCGUACGGUUAGUGAAGGCGGUCGAAUAUCUUUCCUUCACUCCCGUUUAGUCACCGGAGUUUUACCCUAUAAAACUGACCAUAUUAUUGAAUCUAACGUUUUUUUUUAUAUAUAAUCAUUAUAAAUCAUAAUAACAAGUUGCGGAUCUCAAAUGUGUUCCCUCCGUUGAUGUUUCUGUAUUUAGGGACUGUGCAAUAAUUACCUGGAG